CAUGCUGCUGCCAAGUCCAGAGUCUCUCAUGGGUCCCUGUACGGCCUCCCAUUGCUGCUGUCUCCAUCGCCUACACUCUGCCAUGUGCCACUUUCAGGUCUCCUCACACACUGCUGGUGUGUUGAAUUUUUUGACAUAGGGUGCUGGCAGAUUACGGGCCUCCAUAGCUGCUGCCAGGCCCCUAAUCUGCCAUGGGCCCCUAUAUACCCGCCUCCUCAUGCUGCUGCCAAGUCCCAGAGUCUCUCAUGGGUCCCUGUACGGCCUCCCAUUGCUGCUGUCUCCAUCGCCACACUCUGCCAUGUGCCACAUUCAGGUUCUCUUCACACUGCUUGUGUUUUCAAUUUUUUG